UGGGCAAUUGUGGUCAAUUACCGAACAAAUUUAGAGUCUUUCAUACAGUGACUGACUAUUGGUAUGUGAUUGAUUGGGAAUAAACGGCACAUUGAUGAUUCAGUUAGUAUACAUAUAUUGGCAAGAAACACUUAAAGAAGCAAGAACUUGUGGCGCUACCAUUAUAUUGAUUAGUUCUUGGAAUAUGCACUGAGUGACCUUUGUGUGUGUGAAACCUGGUUGUUAUGGGAUAUUGGAUGUGGAAUAAAUACUGAUUGAUGAAUUAUUAGUGGAGAUAUCAUAGCAGUGACAUAUCUUCUACAUAUAUUAGAGACAUUUUGAAUAGAUAAUCAUCUUAAUUGAGUGAUUUAAGUGUACAUAUUAUAGGUUAAUAAACGUGUAUAUAGUAUUGAAUAUAAACUAAGUGUCAGUUUCCUGAUUUAGCAUCUGGGUCUAGUUGUGUAGAGACCUUGCAUGCUACAAAAAUUGGUGGCAGUAGUGUUUGACGAUACUUUACGUGAUACUCGGAAGUGAUUUAAAAGGGAAAAGACACUUGUUUUGUUCUAUAUUAUUGCAUAUAUUUAUCCUUAUUGUACACAUAUAUGUGAAAAUGGCUGAAGGCGGAAUGGAUGUGCCUGAAAUUACGUUUAAAAAUCCAGAGUUGGUGAUGAAUGGGGAUGAUGACCAAAGACCACAUGUUGCUCUUGGCUCCAGACCUGUUUCUGUUUCGGCCAAUUCAGAUUCUGGUAUGGAAACGAUGGCAAGAUGUAUGAAAUCAGAUAAAUACAAACCUAUUGAAACUGUGGUUUCAGCACCCAAUGCUAGCUUGGUUGAUGUUACCCCAUUAUCAAUGGUAAAUGAGACGGGAACUCAGAAGGAUUUGAUAUCCAGAAAAAGGUUGGAUUUCAAUAGAUUAAAUUCAACAAGUAUGAAUAAUGAACACCAAAAUCAUGGAAUGGUGACUAUGGAACAAUUGAAUGAAGAAAUUGGAUCUUUGUUUGAAUUACUAGAGGAACAGAAGAAAAACAUUGGUCAGUUAGGUGAAACUGGCUGUCUGUCAAGUGAGACUGGUACCAAAAUGCUGCCCUUUGAAUUAAUGCGCAGUAGUUCUGGAGAGGGAAAUUGCAGUGGAACGUGCAAGAGCUCUGUACAGGGAAUAAACCAUAGCCUGGCCAUGGGUGGAAUUGGAAAGGGUAUGUACAAUAAUUCCAGAGAUGGGAAGAGCAAUGGUUCUGUACGCACUAGCUGUGAAUCGUUGGGGGGAUUAAUGAAAAAUCCCAGGUUCAACGAUGAUAUGGGGGGGAGUAAUGAAACUCCCAGCUCCCAUGAUCCGGGGGGAAGCACUGGUGCUUCCAGCUCCCAAGUCUUGAGGGGAAGUAUGGACACUUCCAGCUCUCAAGAAGCAUUAGGUACCAGAGAGACAGUGGAAAAGCAGAAGUUGAAUGUAUUUAAUGUACCUGCAGGAAAUGGUACAUGUUAUAAUGUGAAACAAGCAGAUGUUGUUCCUGACAAAUUUAAAGGCACAAGUGAAGUAGCAUGGAGAGAUUACCAAAUACAUUUUGAAACUGUGGCAGUGAUUAAUAAUUGGAACGAUGCCCAAAAGGUGGCUCAUUUGGCUGUCAAUUUACGGGGAGAUGCACAGCAAUUAUUGGGUGACAUGAGUACGGCCACAAGAAAUAAUUACUCAAUGAUGGUUGAUGAGUUGAGUAGACGUUUUGAUGAUAUAUGUAACAUUGAAACAUUUAGAGUACAAUUGAAAAACAGGAUGAAGAAGAAAGAAGAAUCCUAUCAAGAAUUUGGAC